AUGGACCUACUCUUUGAUUUGGAUGAUGCUAGGGUUUCGUUGUACUUGUACAAGGAAACUUCGAAUACAAUAGUGGCUCUUGCUGGGAACAAGGCUGAUUUGGUAGACCUUGAGGCAGGUGCCAGCAGAAUGAUUUCUCAUCUUAGAAGCUUUUGCAUUCAAUCAAUGCAUCUUUAUCGGCCAACAAUAUGGUACAGAGUGGAAGCAAAGGCAUAUGCUCAAGAGAAUGGUCUCUUCUUCAUGGAAACUUCUGCUAAAACAGCUAUCAAUGUGAACGAUGCGUUUUACGAGAUUGCGAAGAAAUUGCUUCAAGGACAGCAGGUUCAGAACCCACAAGGUGGAAUGGUUCUUAACCAGAGACCACCUGAGAGGAUGGUGAGCUCUUCUUCCUGCUGUGCGUAA